UCAGUCCUGGCCCAGGCGCCGGAGAGUGAGGACGGUGGGGUUGUGUUGUUGGAUUACUCGCGACCUUCCCAAGUGCUGUGUUGCUCAUAUACCGUGUGUGCCAUGAAUCCCAGUGUUGCCUCAUUGAUCGCAAUGUAACUUGUAACACUGAUUACGAACAAAACAUCACUAAGAUGGUUAUUGUAUACCUUUCAUUCCUCAUUAUUAAAUAAACUUUUAACAAACUUCCUUUUUUUUAUUUUGUUAACAUAUUUUUUCCAAAUUUUUUCUGACAGAACUCUUCGUAAUUAAAAUACUUUUUUAUUGAACAUAGAGAAAGCAAAAUGCUUUGGUAUCACAUGGAAAUUAUGUUUGCUAUUCACCGUCACUGAAAAAAAAACUUUUUCCAUAAACCUUACGGCAAAAACCAGGACAAAUGAUACAUCAUUUUUGAGCUCAAUGAUGGCUAGUGUUGGAGUGUUAGUGAUGUCAGCGGUGGUGUCGGUGUUGGUAGGUCCAGGAGCUGCCAACUUCAAUCUGUACCUCACCCAGGCUGAGGUCCGCAGAAUAUUAGGGUUGACCGCGGAGUUAUACUAUGUGCGUGAGGGCGUCGUCAACGAUUAUGCCAUGAACUGGAGAGUGCCAGUGCCAGCAGACGUUCACAGACUUUACUUCACCUGGGUGGCACUUGACAAGAAGCCAGUGCUGUACAACAUGGCCAUCUGGAUGAACGAGACGGAGGUGGUAGGGGCACCCUCUCCGCUAGCCAUGCCCUCCGUCAACGUGUCACUGACGGGUACUGUACCCACCGUGCCUGCCACCUUCAGGCUGGACCUACCCUGCACGGGGCUAGCCAGUGCAGAGGUUGACAUCAUCUUCAACAUCAACGUGACAUCUCCGAGGCCUCGUCAGCCACCCACAGUCUUGUACUUCAAGCGACGCAAGAUCUGCUUCGAAGGUCAGUCGGCGGAGAUGUAUGCGCCUCACCUGGGCCCCGUGGGUGAGCGUGGGGAGGCGUUGCCGGUGGUGUACUAUGUGGUGCCGGCACUGGCGGGGCUCACCCUCGUCGUCACUGUCAUCGUCAUCGUCGCCUACAUCAGGAGAAAGAGACUCAAGAGGGACAGAGAACCCAGGAUUCUCGGCAUUAACGACCUGGGUGUUAAGACUCGCCCUCUUACCAACUCCACAUUGCUGAGAGCUGCAACACCCAACAACAAUACUUACACCCUUCCAUCGUCCGUCACCAUCAAUUCCUACGCCUCCCUCCGCAAGCUCACCACGCCCAUUACGCCCAUCACGCCCCUCACCCCCGCCCAUACCCACAACCACGUGUCAACGACGGCCUCACUGACGCAGUGUAGCAGAGAGAGCGGCAGCAGGGAGGUGUGUGACGUGAGCAGAGACAGUGGAAGCAGAGACACCUGUCAGUCGUCCAGCUCUCUAAGCCGCUCAGAGGUGAUUGUUGAUCCCUCAGCAGCAGAACUUCAGGAGAGAUUCAGACAGAUGGAGGUUGAGCGGCCGCGGGUGCGUCUGACAGCCGUGGCUCACGAGGGUUCCUUCGGGCGGGUGUUCCGGGGCUGGAUCCAGCGAGACCGCCCUGAGCAGGACCAGCAGGUGCUGAUCAAGACGGUGACGGAGGGAGCCCCUCACGACGAAGUAGUCGCCCUCUACCGGGAGGGAACCCACCUCUUUAACCUCUACCACAGGAACGUGCUGACCAUGGUUGGAAUCUCCUUCGCUGAUAACUCGUCGCCCUUCCUCAUCUACCCCUUCCACGGCUACCAUAACCUGAAACAGUACCUUCAGGAGCACCGGGGCGGCCACCUGAGGGCGUCGGAGUUGGUGGAGCUGGCGGUGCAGGCAGCUCAUGGACUGUCCUUCCUACACACAGCCAACCUCCUCCACGGUGACCUGGCUGCCAGGAACUGUGUUGUGAGCGAGAAGCUGCAGCUGCGGAUCACCGACGCCGCGCUCUCCAGAGAUCUCUUUCCGACAGACUAUGAGUCGGUCGGAUCCGAAGCUGCCAGACCCAUCAAGUGGAUGUCUUACGAGGCCAUCACCGACAGAGUCGUCUCCACCGCAAGUGACGUGUGGUCAUAUGGUGUCCUCCUGUGGGAACUAACGACCUUGGCUCAGCAGCCGUACGUGGAGGUGGCAGCGUGCGAAAUGGGGGAAUACCUUCGAGAUGGGUACCGUCUGGCUCAACCUCUUAACUGCCCCGACGACCUCUACAAGGUGAUGGCCUUCUGUUGGGCAAUUCAUCCCCACGACCGACCCCAUGCUAAGCUCAUCCUGGACUAUCUCGCUGCCUUCCACCAACAGCUUAACAGCUUCAUCUGAUACAAGGAGGCAGGAGGAGGAGAAGGAGGAGGAGGAGGAGCAGUAGGUUCCGCUGGUGCUAAGAAAAACAAAAAUAAGGACGGAAAGAAGGAUGGGAAGAGAGAAGAUGGUAAGAAAAAAGAUAAGAAUGUCAUGGAAGUCAAGAAACGUGAUAAGUAAGGGCAAUAUGAAAGAUAGUUUAAGGCAUAGUCCUCCGAUUGAUAAAUAAUAUAGUAACAUGGCUGAAAUUUUAAACAUUGAUUAAAAUAUUUCACUAAUAUUUUCCUCUGGCCUCCAAACAAAAAUUAUCCCCCUCCCUAUCCCCCAAAUUAUUUUCCUUUUAUCCCCCGUCCCCUUUCCCAACCACUUAAAAAUAAAAAGUUGCAAAAUUGACAAGAACAGUGCAAAGAACUCGGUCAGUGGGAGUUAACUUAAAACCCAAAACUAGGAAAAAGAGGAACAGUGACAAGUGCUCAAGAACACUGAGAAACCUCAAAGAACGGCAAAAAUCAGUUUUAAUCGACACAGGUCUCGUCGGCCCACAUUCUUCAGGUCCUUGAGAGCCCUCGACACAACAGCCAGAAGUACCCUUAACUCUGGACACGAAGACAUCGGUGCUUAGUGCAAUGCCUGGGAGACUUCUUCCACAGCUUGAAAGUUGCUACUUUCAGUUUACAAUGAGCUUGUGGAAGCUUUCUAUUUUUUUUUUAAUCUAGUGAUAAACUCUCUCACUCUUUAAAAAUAAUUUUUAAAGUAAAACUUCAUAAUAAAAUUCUCUUUCGGCAAUUCUUGUGAACUUUCAUUAUUUUUUUUUACGCUGGGCAUGCUUAAUUCUAGUUUAGCAAAUGUUUUACCUUGUUAAUUAUAUUUUUUAUUGUGAUUGGAAUUACAUUUGAAUUUUAAAAUUGAGAUACAAAAGCCUCACAAAGAAUACCAGAAGAAUAAACGUAAUGAACAAAAUAUAGGUUGCCCAGAAACCUCUCUCAAAACACUUCCAGUUGCCACUAAACCGAGUGUGUUCAUAGUCAUAAUUUUGUAUUUUCACGUACACUUAGAAAUGUAUCUACAGCACGUACAGGUUGUACGUCAUCAUUACUUCUCUCGAACUGUUCACUAGUCAUUUAGCUUUUGUAUGUUGUAAGUUCUGGUCAUAUUUGUACAGUGCAGCUUCUUUGCUGGAGUCACGGUUCGUGUUCCAAGCCCUCUUUUUUUUCUGCCUUGCAAAAUACACUUGAGUGAUGCACAACGGCACUGUGUCCUUUUACUCGUGGUGCAGUAAUAUUUAUUUGAGGCUGCAUCAUCGGCAAACCUUAGCUGUGGUAGGAUCUAGUGAGUAUUACAGCUAUUUUCUUCACCCUCAGUGUUCUUUGAUGUGUUGAAUGAAAACAAGCUUCUUUAGAGUUAAGGCAUUUUAUAUACUUCCUGUAUCCUGCAGGAUACUGUUGUGAUAUUUUAUACGCUGUUUGGAUCCUAUAUUAGGAACAAAUUGUUAAGCUACCGCCGGUGUACAUAAAAAAAAAUAAUUACCCUGACUUGUGCAGAGUGUAAUUUUGAAUAAUCAUAUUUGUUGUGAAUAUCUUUUUUUUUUAUAUAUACUGAAAAUGAAAACAUUAACAAUUAUGAAACACACUGAUACCAGCACUCUGAGUAUCGCAAGUUGGCGAUAAAGAAAACGUCAAUAAAAUCAUUAGACUUUAUAUCUUUUACCAUUUUUAAACAUGCAAAUGCAGUCCACCUCUAGUGCAAAUAUGGGGAUCCGUAACCUUGGAGAAAUAGGUAAAAAGGUUUGAGGAAUAUUUUUUUUAACCUUUUCCGCUAAACUGUUUGAAUAUACUACUACUCCUACCACCCCAUAUACUGACAAAUUAAUUUGAUCAUCGUUUGUUUGAAAUACGAAGCUUCCAUGACUGGUUACUUUCUCCAUUAUUUUGGUGACGCACAGAACCCCAAAGGGUCAUGCAACGCCAAGGCAAAGGGAACAACUGUUCUCUGUAUCAAGAGUUCUGCAACAGCAUCAAGGCUCCCUGUUGCAUGGACAACAGGUUGAACGGGCUAAUUAUGCAUAACCUAGGCUAUGCAUAAUUAGUCCAUGAAAUCAAUUGGGAAAUGUUCUUCAUGGCUAUUAUUCUGUGUAUAGAGGAAGUAUGUUUACCUGUCAAGGAAAUCUUGUGACCCUUUUUUUCCUCUUGAUGCCUCUGAGAAGUUGUUGAUCCAAGGAAUUGGAUCUUCCCUCCCUUUGGGUCGAACCUAAAUGCCCAUUCCCCCCGAGGGUUGUAUGACCCUUAGAGGUUUAGCGCUUCCCCAUGUAGGCAAUAAUGAUGAAAGUGUACACAAUGUUUACAGAAUUUAAGUUUCCAUUACACCAUGUAUAUGGAUAUAUGCAUCCAUGCAUAUGGAUAUUCAUAUAUAUGGGUAUAUGCAACCAUAUAUAUGGAUAUUCAUGUAUAUGGAUGUACGCAUCCAUGUAUAUGGAUAAUUUCGAAGAAAGUGAUGAGCUUGUCUCAAAAAACAACAACAGUAAAGUUAUAUUACCUCAUUCACAAGUAGAGUAUUUUUAAAGACACUUUCUUAAUAAGAAGAGAAACUAAAAAAAAAAAAAUAAAGAUUUUAAAGACAUCUUUUUCAAUAAAGAAUGCCAGUAAAAAAAACCAGUAAAGAUUCAUAUAUUAAGGCUUAAACAAGUUAGGAAAAAAAUAUCCUUCAGGAAUCACUGAGGAAUUUUUACUGUAUAUAUAUAAAUAUACAUAUACGUGUAAUAAUUGUAUAUUGAUUGUAUAUAAUUAUAUUUGUAUAGUUCAUGUGAGUCAAGAGUGAAUAAAAAAAUAAUGCCACA